AGAGGCGCGGGUGUUUGGCUACGUCACUGGGGCGCUACAGUGCCUGGAGCUGGGCAGUCUUCUAGUCAGAGUGGGGACUGGUAACAGCGACCUCCCCGCCAGGUCCUGUGUGUUGCCGGCUAAAGAAGGGUAGCUGAAAAAUUCAGACACAGCACAGUGUUUAUCUUGGUCAAAAAUAGAAAACUAUGUCUGGCGCGGCCGAGGCGGGAGGACCCUUCAGGCCAAGAGCAGCCUAGUAACAUGGCGCAACCCCAUCUCUGUAGUCCUACCUCAGCCCCCCAGCUACUUGAACCCAAAAGUUCAAGGCUCCAGUGAGCUAUGAUCCCACCACAGCAUUCCAGCCUGCGAGAUUGAGGUGGCUAUCUUCAUUGAAAGUUUUUUCUCAAAAGCCUUAAAAUAGAACAUAGUUCUUGGCAGCAAUUCGAAAGUUAUUUGAGGAGAAGGGGAGACUUACAAUGAUGAUUCGAAUGAAGCAAACUAAAAAGUAAUGAAGCAAGACAGAGGAAAAAGCAGUAUUCACUUGAGCACAUCCCAAAAGAAUAACAUUUCAAAUGUAACUAGAAAAAAAUGAUGAUUAUUCCCCACCUUCUAAGAGACAAAGACCAACGAGCCACCACAGCCACCAGUCCCAGAACCCGCCAAUGCUGGGGAACGGAAAAUGAGGGAGUUCAACUCUGGCCCUCCCAAUCCAGUGGAGGAGACGAAACUCAUCUGCCUCUCUCCCUCUGGGCACGCCUCAUGCCAGGUGCAUCUGUGGACAGGGGCCAUGCUCCUGCGCUUCCAAAGUUGGAGAAAGCUGCCAGGCUCAAGUCUGAAGGCCACAAUUCUACAGUAAGUCCUGCUGAGUCAAGGUGGGAGCAGGCUCGGUGGCUUCCGAGGCUCUGCGGGAGAAUCCGUUUCCUGGCCGUGGAGGUGGCCUGCUCUCCUCAGCUGGUGCUGCCCGUCUCAAAUGACUGGAGAUUCCUGCUCUGUCACUACACCUCCCACCCUCUCCAUCACCUGCUCUGCUCUUAUAAGGAUCCAGAGAAAUGGAAUAAUUGUAUCGCUGAUCUACAUAAACAAAUUGAAGAAUUGUCUGAAAGAAAAUAUGCUCGAGCUGUAAAAGCCAAAGGUCCGGUGAUGAUCCCAUACCCGUUUUUCCAGUCUCAUGUUGAAGAUUUUUAUGUAGAAGGCCUUCCCAAAGGAAUUUAUUUAUUUAUUUUUUUUUUGAGAUGGAGUUUUCACUCUUACCGCCCAGGCUGGGGUGCAAUGGCGUAACCUUGCUGGUCACUGCAACCUCUGCCUCCUGGGUUCAAGAAAUUCUCCUGCCUUAGCCUCCCAAGUCGCUGGGAUUACAGGUGCCCACCACCACACCAGGCUAAUUUUUGUAUUUUUAGUGGAGAUAGGGUUUCACCAUGUUGGCCAGGCCAGUCUCGAACUCCUGACGUCAAGUGAUCUUCCCGCCUCAGCCUCCCAGAGUGCUGAGAUUACAGACGUGAACCCAUGCCUGGCCAGGAAUUUUGUUUUUUAGGAAGGCUUUCUACUAAUGGAAUUCCUGGCCUUGAGAGGAUAUUACUUUCGAAGGAAAGGAUUUUUUUGUUAUUAAAAGAGCCACCUAAGCUGAAGAUUCCCUUGAGAACAAGUACUGUCCUGUGGUUUCGUGGCCUUUCUUCCAUUUGUGGUUCUUGCGAAGUGGAAUUUAAAUGACAUCUUAUCAAGAUGGAUAAACCCUAGUUUCCCAGUGCUGGAAUAUAGAAAAUGGAUGGACAAGUAAAUCCCACUCAGCACCCAUAGUCCAGGCAUGGGGACCUCAACACACCUGAGCCCCAGACAUCACCUUUCAUUAAUGUCUUUUUGUCACUUCUAGCUGGACCUACCAUGAAAGACUUCUGAAUCCAGGAAGAGAGACUGACUGGGCAACAUGUUAUUCAGGUACAAAAAGACUUGGACUGUAACUCAAAAAUGAUCAAAUAAUAGUGCAUGCAUCAAGUGCAAUGGGAAGCUCUUCUGGAGAGGGAGAGAAGCUUCCAG